AUGGGGCUCUCCCCCGACUCCUUGAACCAUGGCGACAGCCUCCAGGGCUGGGUCAUGUAUCAAGUCUCCAAGCUGAAUGGAAACCUCACUGGCACGACUCUUACCAAUUCCGGCAACAGCGAGGCCCUUUCGUUCUCUCUUCCAAGGACUCUAUCCAUCUUUGCUAGCCUGUUCUUUGCCUGGUUCCUGGGAAGCUGCAUAUGGUACAGUUACCUGUCGCCCAUCUCUGACAUUCCUGGUCCUUUCUUGGCUUGUUUCUCGAGACUCUGGCUCAUCCAAACAUUACGCCGCGGGAAAGCAGCCAGCGAGCUCGCUGACCUGCACGAAAAACACGGCGCUUUUGUGCGCAUAUCACCCUGGGAAGUCAGCGUUCGCCACGUCGAUACCGUCAAGAAGCUGUACCUGCAGCCGUUGCGGAAAGGUACCUUUUAUGAGUUCGCCACCUAUCCAGACUGGCGCUUCCAAAACCAUUGGUCUGAACCGGAUCCAAAGCGGAAGGUAGAGCGCUCCAAGACGUUCGCUUCUGGAUUUGCGCAAAGCAGCCUUCUGCGCUCCGAGGACGUCAUCUCAGGAACCAUUGCCCAGCUGCUAGACCAUAUGGACGGCUAUGACCAGCGAAAGGAGCCCAUGGACCUGGACAGAUUCUUCACAUAUACGGCUUUUGACGUCGUGGGCGAGAUGCUGUGCAGCAAGCCGUUCGGGUUCUUGAAGGAGGGUAGGGAUGUGAACAAUGCCAUCGCCACGAAUUUCUUCUUCCAGGAGCUGGUGACCUGGGCCUCCCACCUCCGCGAGCUGCAUUACAUAGCCGUCAACCCCAUCAUGACCUGUCUAAGCCUGACGCCAGCUUCCUGGCUGGGCGAGACGGCCUUCGCCGCCGUAAAGGGCCGGAUGGCUCGGCCGGUUAAGAACUUUGAUAUGCUCAGCCACUGGCUGAGGUAUGUCGACGAGAAUCCAGACAAGGCUACCGCGCGCGACAUCAUGGCACAGGCUACAAAUGUCACCGCUGCUGGAUCAGACACCACCUCCAGCUUGCUGCAGUCUGUAUUCUACCAUUUCCUCCGAAACCCCAGGACGCUCGAGAGCGCCAGGGCCGAAGUUGCCCAGACCCGCAACAGCGAGCGCGUGCUGCCGUUCUCCGCGGUCCGAGAGCUCCCGUACCUAAACGCCUGCGUCAAGGAGGUGCUCCGCAUCCACCCGCCCAUCCCCAUGCCGCUGCCACGCCUGGCACCAAAGGGUGGUACCGAGAUCGGCGGGCGCUGGUUCCCCGAAGGCAUCACUCUUUCAGGUUCUCCGUGGGUCCUGCACCGCUCGCGUGCUCUCUGGGGCGACGACGCGGAUGUUUUCAGGCCCGAACGGUGGCUGGGUGACGAUGCCGCCCCGUUGGAGAGGUACUUCAUGCCGUUCGGGGCUGGGUUCAUGUCGUGUCCUGGGCAGCAUCUCGCCCGCGUCGAGGCGUUGAAGCUCACGGCUACGAUAAUCCGUGAGUACGACCUGCAGCUUGUCCAUCCGGAGAAAGAGUGGCAGUGCAAGAUGUUGUUCGCGCAGGUCCCUCACAGUUGGCCUGUCUAUGUGAAAAAGAGGAAUGAAACCUAG